AUGGCUUCAUCCUGUACAAUCAAUUUACCCUUAUGGGCGUUAAUCUUCUUCGCUCUAUCCCUUAAUCCCAUCGAAGCUCGUGGACCCGUCGGCAGGCUCAACGGAAAGUCGCCGCAGUGGACUGCUGCCGGCGGCAUAUGCGCUUCUUCUGUCCACAUAUAUGGUUACAAAUGCGAAGAACACGAUGUGGUGACUAAAGAUGGGUACAUAUUGAAUAUGCAAAGGAUACCGGAAGGACGAGCCAACACCAGCGGUGUGUCAAAGAGACAGCCUGUCCUCAUUCAACAUGGAAUUCUUGUCGAUGGAAUGUCGUGGCUGUUGAAUCCAGCGGAUCAAAAUCUGCCGUUGAUUUUAGCUGAUCAAGGAUUCGAUGUGUGGAUGGGGAACACAAGAGGGACUAGAUUCAGCAGAAGACACAAGUCCCUUAGCCCUAACCAACGGGCAUUCUGGGACUGGACGUGGGACGAGCUCGUGAGUUAUGAUCUGCCUGCAAUGUUUGACCAUAUCCACGGCCUAACAGGCCAAAAGAUGCACUACCUCGGACACUCCAUGGGGACUUUGAUAGGAUUUGCGUCGUUCUCGGAGAAGGGGUUGGUGGAUAAACUGCGGUCGGCGGCGAUGCUGAGUCCUGUUGCUUAUCUCAGCCACAUGACCACCGUCAUAGGCGACAUAGCCGCCAGAAGCUUCCUCGCUGAGGCAACCGCCAUUAUUGGAGUGGCAGAGUUUAACCCCAAGAGUGGACUAGUAGGGACUUUUAUUAAGGCUAUAUGCCUUAAAGCUGGGAUCGACUGUUAUGACUUACUCUCUGUUAUCACAGGCAAGAAUUGUUGCCUUAACGCAUCAACCAUUGAUCUCUUCCUCGCGAACGAACCUCAAUCUACUUCCACUAAGAACAUGAUCCACCUUUCUCAAACGGUAAGAGACAAGGUAUUAAGAAAAUACAACUACGGAAGUGGUAAGAGCAACAUGAAACAUUACGGCCAAGCGUUGCCGCCGGCUUACAACAUAUCGGCGAUCCCACACGACCUCCCGCUUUUCUUCAGCUACGGCGGUUUAGAUUGUCUGGCGGAUGUGACGGACGUCAAGUAUCUUAUCGACCAGUUUAAGUUUCACGACACCGAUAAAAUCACUGUGCAGUUUGUGAAAGAGUACGCUCAUGCUGAUUUCAUCAUGGGUGUUAAUGCCAAAGACGUUGUUUAUAACCAAGUUGCUACCUUUUUCAAACGACAAUCUUGA